UAUCCUGGAAUACCUGCCCUACUACAAGGAUAUACUGACAGCAGCUCGGGACUACAACAGACACCCCUGGUUUUCUUCCCACGGCUUCGUGGUAAUGAGAGUGGAGAUGAGGGGGACUGGAGCUUCAGAAGGGUGCUACUACGGAGAGUAUCUACCUCAGGAGAUGAGAGACUGUUCAGAAGUGCUACAGUUCAUCAGGCACCAGUCCUGGAGUAACAGUAAGGUGGGGAUGUAUGGUAAGAGUUGGGGUGGAUUUAACGGACUUCAGAUGGCGUACCUAGAGCCGGAGAGUAGCCCGUUGAAGACAGCUAUAUCACUGUACUCCACUGAUAACCGUUAUACUGAUGAUAUACAUUAAGAGGGAGGUUGUCCUAUCGGAUCAGGGCUGCUUUCCUGGUCCAGCUUUAUGUUUGCUAUAAACGCUCUUCCUCCCCCUCCUCGACUUUUCAACACGAAACUGGAAUGGUACCAGACGUGGUUAAAAAGGCUGGAGAAAUGCUCUAAAUCACCAAUGUCUUCCUGGACCAAUAACCAGCUACCCGGACAGUUCUGGGAACAAGGAUCAAUUGAUGAGGACUACAAGAAGGUCACUAUCCCUAUCCUCGCUAUUGGAGGCCUGGAGGAUGGAUAUACCACGGCCAUUGAGCGGAUGGCAAGGAAGCUUAGCAGCUCCUCUAAAGUAAUUAUCGGCCCCUGGGUCCACAACUGGCCUGACGUGUCAGCUACGGGACCACGCAUAGAGUUUCUUGAUUUGUGUCUCAACUGGUUUAGUUAUCACCUCAAAGAUGUUCAUAUUGAGCAGGAAAAUAAGUGUUCUUCUUGGCCACGGCUGCAACUCUUUGUACGAAACAGUUUUAAACCAGCAGACAUAUUGUGUUCCGAAGACGGGGAAAUUGGAGAUGUUGGCAGGUUUGUGGCUUUUGACGACUGGGAGGAGAGGGGGGCAAAGGUAGCGGAUACUUGCAAGCAUCUCACUCUAACAAGUUUUCUUCCCGGCGAGUCCCACGUUGCAAGCAAUGAUAAAAUGGUAGAGGUCCUUUUCAUCACAACUACCACUGACAAUAUCAACAAAAUAACAACAUAUAAGCCACCAAGUGAACCGUGUUGUGAACCAAUUCAACUGUUGAACCAUCCUCUCCAAGGUGUUAACAGUGGUCACUGGUUACGGAUCGACUGGGGAUUCUCUGGGGACCAGACCGCAUCAAUUGAUAAGUCGGUAUCAUUCUCUUCUGAUCCAUUAGAAACAUCUCUGGUUAUGAUUGGAGCACCAAACUUUGUAGUAAAACUGUCUGCUUCUUGUUGGAAGAGGGUUUACCUCUCCGUUAAAGUAUGUGACAUCCACCCAGACGGAUUUGCCACUCUAGUCACAAGAUGUCAGUUUGAUCUCAACUAUCUGCAACCCCUCGAAUGUGAAGAAGAUAGCAGGACAUUCUCACUUCCUAUGAGAUUCACAUCACAUUGCUUCCUGCCAGGUCACAAGAUCUGCCUCUCUAUCUCCCCAAACAACUUCCCACUUCUGUGGCCCUCUCUUGUUCCUUCUGAUCUCUACAUAAAUCCUAGUGCCUGCAUGUUUCUCUACCAGACAGAGAGUUUGGAUUAUCUGAGUAACAACACUGUUACAUUUCCAGUUCCGAGACCCCUUUUGAGCAUGCCGUACCGCUCCACUACUCCGGGCACUAACUCUUAUCUAGUUACCAACAUUGGGGACAGAGUGAAGUUUGUGUUCAGGGGGGAUUCCGGGCUGGAGUCCCUGCCUCACACCAUAAACCUGAAACACUUCGAGAAAUCCCACGAGAGUUACGAGUGUGACACUGAGGUGACUGAAGCUGUAGCUAAGAUCCACCAGGAGCACGUGGUGGUGUUUCACUCCCUGGAGUUUAGCGACACAUGUGAGAAGGAGGUAGGGGUCAGGAUCAGGACACACCAGGUCUUGUCGGGGGAUGCUGACUCUUAUUCUCUGGAGGAGAGACUCGUUGUGAGCUGGUCGGAGUGUGGUGAAGAGAUCUUUGCAAGGAAGUGGAAAGAUGUCAUCCACAGACAGGACCAUCAUACGUGGAGUUAG